GCGCCGCGGUGUUGCGCGGGCUCCUGCUUUUUCCCUGCACUUGGCGUUUUAGCCUCUGCCGGCCUGGUUCUCUGGACCUGACUUGGGUGGGAGACAGGUUGCCAUUCCCAAGCCCGGCAUGGAACAGCUGGACGAACUGGAGCUGUGGAUGGAGAAGAAUUUCGGGGAGGAGCCUGCACCGCCGACCGACCAAUUUCAAAACAAGGUGGAAUUGUCCUUUCCUAAAAUGAUUCUGACCAAAGGAAUAGACAACCGAUACCUGGUGUUAGCAGUGGAUCUUGUACAGAAAGGAGGAGGGAACUAUGAAAAGCACCUAAUCAUCACUGCUUCCCCAUCACUGGAACACAGAGAAAAGUGUAUCCUUAGGAAUGACUGGUGUUCUGUAUCAGUAGAGCCAGGGGAUAUCAUUCAUUUGGAGGGAGACUGUGCAUCUGAUACUUGGAUAAUAGAUGAUGAUUUUGGAUAUUUGAUUCUAUAUCCAGACAUGCUGAUUUCUGGCACAAGUUUAGCCAGUAGUAUUCGAUGUAUGAGAAGAGCUGUCUUGAGUGAAACUUUUAGGGGCUCCAAUUCAACCACUCGCCAUAUGCUGAUUGGCACAGUCCUCCAUGAAGUAUUUCAAAAGGCAAUUAAUGAUAGUUUUGCCCCCCCAAAACUGCAAGAAAUUGCUUUUCAAACCAUUCAGGAAGUAAGACAUUUGAAGGAAAUGUACCGCUUAAAUCUAAAGCAGGAUGAAAUAAUGCAAGAUGUAGAGGAAUAUCUUCCUUCGUUUUCAAAAUGGGCUGGAGAUUUCAUGCAUAAGGAUACUUCAUCUGACUCUCCGCAGAUGCAGCUCUCUCUUCCAAGUGAUGGCAGUCACAGUAAUUCAACUUGCAGCAUUGAAGUAAUGAACUCACUAGAUAUUGAAGAAAGCAUUUGGUCCCCUAGGUUUGGCUUGAAGGGCAAGAUUGAUGUUACAGUUGGUGUGAAAAUACAUCGAGGGUGUAAAACUCAGUAUAAGAUAAUGCCGCUGGAACUUAAAACUGGCAAAGAAUCCAAUUCUAUUGAGCACCGCAGUCAGGUUGUUCUGUAUACGCUGCUAAGCCAAGAGAGACGAGCAGAUCCAGAGGCUGGUUUGCUUCUCUACCUCAAGACUGGGCAGAUGUAUCCCGUGCCUGCUAAGCAUCUAGAUAAAAGAGAAUUAUUAAAGCUAAGAAACCAGAUGGCGUUCUCCUUGCUGAACCGUGUCAGCAUGGGUACUGGGCAGGAGAAGACACAGCUUGCUGCUCUGCCACCAAUUAUCGAGGACAAGAAAACCUGUGAAUACUGUUCACAAACAAGCAACUGUGCUCUUUAUAGCAGAGCAGUUGAACAACAGGUAGAGAACAGUUCUGUCCCGAUGCCCAUGCUGUCCAAAAUAAAAGAAGAGACCCAGCAUCUGAAGCUUUCACACUUGGAGUAUUUCAGCCUUUGGUGCCUAAUGUUAACUCUGGAGUCACAAUCAAAAGAUAACAGAAAGAAUCACCAAAAUAUCUGGUUAUUGCCUGCUUCUGAAAUGGAGGAGAAAGGCAACUGCAUUGGAAACCUGAUCAGAACAGGACAUGCCCAGAGAGUUUGUGAUGGGCAGUACUUACAUAAUUUUCAGCGUAAAAGUGGUGCCAUACCCAUCACCAACCUAAUGGCAGGUGACAGGAUUAUUUUAAGUGGGGAAGAGAGAACAUUGUUUGCUUUGUCUAAGGGAUAUGUGAAGAAGAUUAACAAGACAACAGUAACUUGCUUAUUAGACAGGAACUUGUCGGUCCUCCCAGAAUCAACUUUAUUCAGAUUAGACCAGGAAGAAAAAAAUUGCGAUGUAGAUACCCCAUUAGGAAAUCUCUCUAAAUUGAUGGAAAACACUGAUGUUAGCAAAAAGCUUCGAGAUUUAAUCAUUGACUUCCAGGAACCUCAGUUCAUUCCCUACCUCAGUUCUGUUCUUCCUCAUGAUGCAAAGGACACAGUUGCCACCAUUCUGAAGGGUUUGAAUAAGCCUCAGAGGCAGGCAAUGAAAAAGGUUCUUCUUUCCAGAGACUACACACUCAUCGUGGGUAUGCCCGGGACGGGAAAGACAACCACAAUAUGUACUCUUGUAAGAAUACUCUAUGCCUGUGGCUUUAGUGUUUUGCUGACCAGCUAUACACACUCUGCUGUUGACAAUAUUCUUCUGAAGUUAGCCAAGUUCAAAAUAGGAUUUUUGCGUUUGGGUCAGACCCAGAAGGUACAUCCAGAUAUCCAGAAAUUCACAGAGGAGGAAAUUUGCAGAUCAAAAUCCAUUAAAUCCUUAGCUCUUCUAGAACAACUCUAUAAUAGUGAACUUAUUGUUGCAACAACAUGUAUGGGAAUAAACCAUCCAAUAUUUUCCCGCAGAACUUUUGAUUUUUGUAUUGUGGAUGAAGCCUCUCAAAUUAGCCAGCCAGUCUGCCUGGGCCCACUUUUCCUUUCGCGGAGAUUUGUGUUGGUAGGGGAUCAUCAGCAACUGCCUCCCCUGGUGCUAAACCGAGAAGCAAGAGCCCUUGGUAUGAGUGAAAGCUUAUUCAAGAGGUUAGAGAAGAACAAGAAUGCUGUUGUACAGUUAACUGUGCAGUACAGAAUGAACAGCAAAAUUAUGUCCUUAAGUAAUAAGCUGACCUAUGAAGGGAAGCUGGAGUGUGGAUCAGAUAAAGUGGCCAACGCUGUGAUUAGCCUGCCUAACUUCAAAGAUGUGAAGCUGGAACUGGAAUUUUAUGCUGAUUAUUCUGAUAGUCCUUGGCUGGUUGGAGUAUUUGAGCCAAACAAUCCUGUUUGCUUUCUUAAUACAGACAAGGUUCCGGCACCCGAGCAAGUGGAAAAAAGUGGUGUGAGCAAUAUAACAGAGGCCCAAAUCAUAGUUUUCCUGACAUCAAUUUUUAUUAAGGCUGGAUGUAAUCCCUCUGAUAUUGGUGUAAUUGCACCAUACCGGCAGCAGUUAAAGAUCAUCAAUGAUUUAUUGGCACGUUCUUCUAUUGGGAUGGUGGAAGUUAACACAGUGGACAAAUACCAAGGAAGAGACAAAAGGAUCAUCCUAGUAUCUUUUGUCAGAAGCAAUAAGGAUGGAACUCUUGGUGAACUCCUGAAAGAUUGGCGACGUCUUAAUGUCGCUAUCACCCGAGCUAAACAUAAGCUGGUGCUAGUGGGGUGUGAGCCCUCGCUGAGGCGGUACCCUCCGAUGGGCAAGCUGCUGUCCCACCUGUCCUCGGAAAAGUCCAUCAUUGAUCUUCCAUCAAGAGAACAUGAAAGUCUCUGUUAUGUACUGGGGGAUUUUCAAAAAGAAUAAAGCAUAGUCGUUUUCUUGGCCUUUUUGUACUAGCAGGGGGACCUCCUAGCUAAGAUCUAAUAUUGUAACUUCUGUUUACUAUAAUAGUAGCGCUUGGUUAAACUCUAAAGAUGACUUACCUAAAGGUACAAGAUGAAGCAUACUACUCUGUGCAGAGUUCCAGUUUUUUAUUUGCUAGUUUUUGACAUGAUUAUAUUAAA